CUUCGAAGGCGGUGUAUGGAUUGGGGAGUCCCAGCCUUGGGGAUUCCCCAUCUCGCAGUUUCUCUUCUUCUCACAACCUGCACCGGGUCCUUCUUCCUGGAUACUCACGACGCGGACCCAGUUCUCACUCCCAUUGGGUGUCGGGUUUCUAGAGAAGCCAAUCAGUGUCGUCGCGGUCCCGGUUCUAAAGACCGCAGGCACCCACCAGGACUCAGAUUCUCCCCAGACGCCGAGGACCGUGUCAUGGUGCCCCGAACCCUCCUCCUGCUACUCUCGGGGGCCCUGGCACUGACCCAGACCUGGGCGUGCUCCCACUCCAUGAGGUAUUUCUACACGUCCGUGUCCCGGCCGGGACGUGGGGAGCCCCGCUUCAUCGCCGUGGGCUACGUGGACGACACGCAGUUCGUGCGGUUCGACAGCGACGCCGCGAGCCUGAGGAUGGAGCCGCGGGCGUCGUGGAUGGAGCAGGAGGGGCCGGAGUAUUGGGACCAGGAGACACGGAACAUGAAGGCCCAGGCACAGCUUGACCGAGUGGACCUAGGGACCCUGCGCGGCUACUACAACCAGAGCGAGGCCGGUUCUCACACCAUCCAGAUAAUGUAUGGCUGCGACGUGGGGCCCGACGGGGGCUUCCUCCGCGGGUACCGGCAGGACGCCUACGACGGCAAGGAUUACAUCUCCCUGAACGAGGACCUGCGCUCUUGGACCGCGGCGGACAUGGCGGCUCAGAUCACCAAGCGCAAGUGGGAGGCGGCCGGUGCGGCGGAGCAGCACAGAGCCUACUCGGAGGGGAGGUGCGUGGAGGGGCUCCGCAGAUACCUGGAGAACGGGAAGGAGAUGCUGCAGCGCACAGACCCCCCCAAGACACAUAUGACUCACCACCCCAUCUCUGACCAUGAGGCCACCCUGAGGUGCUGGGCCCUAGGCUUCUACCCUGCGGAGAUCACACUGACCUGGCAGAGGGAUGGGGAGGACCAGAUCCAGGACACAGAGCUUGUGGAGACCAGGCCUGCAGGGGAUGGAACCUUCCAGAAGUGGGCGGCUGUGGUGGUGCCUUCUGGAAAGGAGCAGAGAUACACAUGCCAUGUGCAGCAUGAGGGUCUGCCCGAGCCCCUCACCCUGAGAUGGGAGCCAUCUUCCCAGACCACCAUCCCCAUCGUGGGCAUCAUUGCUGGCCUGGUUCUCCUUGGAGCUGUGAUCACUGGAGCUGUGGUCGCUGCUGUGAUGUGGAGGAGGAAGAGCUCAGAUAGAAAAGGAGGGAGCUACUCUCAGGCUGCAAGCAGUGACAGUGCCCAGGGCUCUGAUGUGUCUCUCACAGCUUGUAAAGUGUGAGACAGCUGCCUUGUGUGGGACUGAGAGGUUCCUGCCCUUCCCUUUGUGACUUGAAGAACCCUGACUUUCUUUCUGCAAAGGCACCUGCAUGUGUCUGUGUUCCUGUAGGCAUAGUGUGAGGAGAUGGGGAGACCACCCCACCCCCGUGUCCACCAUGAUCCGCUUCCCCAUGCUGACCUGUGCUCCCUCCCCAAUCAUCUUUCCUGUUCCAGAGAGGUGGGGCUGAGGUGUCUCCAUCUCUGUCUCAACUUCAUGGUGCGCUGAGCUGUAACUUCUUCCUUCCCUAUUAAAAUUAGAACCUGAGUAUAAAUUUACUUUCUCAAAUUCUUGCCAUGAGAGGUUGAUUAGUUAAUUAAAGGAGAAUAUUCCUAAAAUUUGAGAGACAAAAUAAAUGGAACACAUGAGAA